AAUUGACUCAUUUGUAAAAUUUGCUGCGCGGACUGUAAUUUCCAAGAAGUUGCAACCCAUUAAUUGGUUAUAAAGUUAGUGCAGUUUGCAGUAAUUUUUAUUUUCCAGAGUAUUUCUUGAAUAUCGUAUGUCCAUCCAGAAUCUAAACACAUUCGACCCAUUUGCUGAUGCAAGUAAGGGUGCAGAUGAUGAUGUUCAAGACGGACUUGUCCACAUAAGAAUACAACAACGUAAUGGUCGCAAAACUCUGACUACUGUCCAAGGACUCUCUAAAGAAUAUGACCUGAAGAAAAUUGUUCGGGCAUGUAAAAAGGAAUUUGCAUGUAAUGGAACAGUAAUUGAACACCCUGAAUACGGCGAAGUCCUACAGUUGCAAGGUGAUCAAAGAGAAAACAUUUGCCAGUGGCUAACGAAAGCGGGAUUGGCAAAACCUGACCAGUUAAAGGUCCACGGGUUCUAAUGUACCUUAGAGGUGAUAAUUUUAAUCUAUGUAAAUGUCAGAUGUCGCGCUUUUAUUUAAAUCACGGAAUUUUUAACAGCAUGUGCCCAUUCAGGAUUGCUAGCAGCUAGCAGUUAGCAAUUUUGUACAAUAAUUUUAUAAUUGUGCCUUUCCAUAAAUACAUUAGUUCUCAGAUAUUGUGUUUUUCAUUUGAUGUUGACUGUGUUUAGUUUUUAAUGAUUUUCAAGUAAUAAUAAAUGUCUGGUCUAGUG